ACCAAUUGGAGACGGUGUUCCUCUCGUUCUUGCAACCCACAAUGUCAUGAAAUAAGGGAUUUAUUAUUACACACGUUGACUCAUAUUUAAAGCUCUAUUAAAUUGUCUGUAGUUUUUCGUUUGGAGCGAUUGCUGGAAAAGGCCUGCUUUUGUAUGAGUCAGAAAACUGAGAAGCCGACGUUAUCAGGUCAACGAAUUAAGACCCGUAAAAGAGAUGAAAAAGAGAAAUACGACCCUACUGGUUUUAGAGACGCAAUCCUUCAAGGACUUAACGAGAGUGGGCCUGACUUAGAAUUGGUUGCCAAGUUCUUAGACACUGCUGGCUCUAAAUUAGAUUAUCGCCGUUACGGUGAAACUCUCUUUGACAUUCUUCUGGCUGGUGGAAUACUUGCCCCAGGUGGGACCUUAGCUACUGAAGCUGAUCCACUUAAAACAUCACAUACCGAUGUUUGUAUAUUUUCUGCAGAUGAUAACUUGGACACACUAAAAACUUAUGCCCAGGUAAUUACAAAGCUGACUAGACGUUACAAAUAUUUGGAAAAGACUUUAGAGGACGAGUUCAAGAAGGUGUUGGUGUUUCUAAAGGGGUUCACUCCUCUGCAGAGAUCUAAAUUAAGCAAAGUCACUGCUAUACUGCUUGCUGGAGGGCAAAUACCACCAACAGUAUUGUCUAAAAUCUUACAAGAUCAUCUUGUAAAAGAUGGCAUCGCAUUGGAAUUUAUCAUGGAUGUUCUCAAAAUUUGGCUUGGAGAAAAGGAUAGUGCAACUGUUUGGGCUUCCCUUAGAAAGGCCGGGUUAGAUUCUCGCUUGAUGGAUUUUUUCCCUACGAAUAAAAGAAGCAUUGAAAAUCUGACUACUACUUUCAAGUCGAAUGGAUUGAAUCAGCUUCUGGAUUAUUUGAAAGCUCAAGAGAACCAGAGUGUUAAAAAGGAGCUUCAACAGCAAGUUGGGCAAAUGUUAAAAGAUGGUGCACAAGUUAAAGAGAUUAUUCCAGUCGUGAAAGAACAAAUGAAAAAAUAUUCUUUGCCAGAGCAAGAAGUUGCUGUCCUGUUAUGGACUUCUUUAAUGACUAUGAUGGAAUGGAAUAAAAAGGAAGAAUUGGUACCUGAACAAGCAGUGAAACAUCUUCGUCAAUAUACAUCUCUUUUAUCAGCUUUCACUCGAAAUGCAAAAUCCGAGCUUGCCCUUCUUGUCAGAGUGCAAGAAUAUUGCUAUGACAACAUGAAUUUUAUGAAAGUUUUUGAAAAAAUCGUUGUCUUAUUUUACAAAACGGAAGUCUUGAGUGAAGAUGUUAUACUGAAAUGGUAUAAAGAAUCUCAUUCUCCCAAAGGAAAGAGUAUAUUUCUGGACCAAACUCGAAAAUUUAUUGAGUGGCUGCAAAAUGCAGAAGAAGAAUCAGAGGGCGAAGAUUAAUAUUGGCCUCAUUAUAUGCAUGUCAAUUCCAAAGGACUGUUGCUGUUUGUUCUUGAACCUCUUUGUGACUGAGUUUCUAAUGACUUGGAAGCCAACAGUUUUGUUAUCUUUUGUUUUGAAGAAAUCAUCCUGUGGGGACAUCUCUUUUCACCCUUUUAAACAAGAAGUACAUCUCACAAAGAGAAUUUAUUUUUCUAUGAAUAGCUCUGACAUACAUAUGAUGUUCUUUGCAACAGCAUUUCAAUUAAAAAUUUCUGUGAGGAACAUUUAUUCCACCAUUUUACAAAAUUUAUAUUAAAACAGAAGAUUAUUUGAAUGACAUGCACUGUACUAUUUAACAUAAGGGUAAUGUUCCCUGUUAUAAGUUCUGCCCUUACAUAUUUAAAAUGUAUGGUUUGCUAAGGAAAACUGUUUUUCAAUGUGGUAUUGCCAGCAUAUGGCUGUUUAUAGGUAUUAAAUUAAAAUGGCUUUUUUGCCCUAUUUUGUUAAUUUUAGACAUUAUUUAAGAAAAUUCUUUAUUCUACUAAGAGUCAAAUGCUCUUUUAUGAAGUCAUGAAAGACUUUGUGAUAUAUCUUUGUUAAAUAAAAAAUUAUUUACAAGUAGAUUUUUAUUAUAAAAAAAAGCAAGUGUUUAGAAUAAAAAAAAUGCCUAUUGUCUUUCCAAUUUGAAAAUAUUUAUUAUACAGCUGACACUCAUGACAUUUUCAUUGAAAUGAGUAUUAUACAUACAUUCACACUCGCGAUGAAAGAUUUUUUUAAUACAUAUAUUUCUAUAUAUACACAUACAUAAAUUAUUUAAAGCUUCUACAAGAAUGUAUUGAUGAAAAUAGUGAUGUAAUAUUGAUUCAUUUUCAAGUUUUACUACAACAAUUUCCCCUCCCCCCUGUUUAACGAUGAAUAGCGACAAUUCCAAGUUCACUUCUAGCUCAUUCAAGAGGUUUUUUAUUUAAUGACAAGAAAGGAAGAAAAGUACUUUUUGUUAAUUAUCAUCAUUAUUAUUCUGAAGUGUCAUUUGAGCGAGUUAUUAUUUAAGUCUGAAAUGACAUUCAUUCUGCACAAGAAUAGUUUUAAUUUUUAGCUAUGUUGUCUUCUUAAUAUUCUAAAGUAAAUAUCCAAUUUCUUUUUAAUCUAUUUUAUGAUAAUGAAAACUGAAAUUUUAAUACAGAUAUCAUGUAUAGUUUAUUGUAUAAUACUCAAUAUCAUCUUACAUUAAGAAUUUUGUAGAAGUUCACAACUGCAAUCCAGUGUAGUAAUAUUUUGUGUGUGUGUGUGUGUGUGUGUGAAUAUCUGGUAAUAAUAUCACUGACAAAAAUAAAUAUACAUGUUUUGGAACAAUUUUUAAAAAAAAAACAUAUUUGUAAUGGGACAUUGUAAAUAUAAUCAUUUCAAUUAAUUUUUUCAACAAAAGUUUGAUCUAAAUUUUUGUAUUUUAAUAAAAGUAAAAAUGAAUUCUUGAAAUAUAUAAAUACAAUAGCAUUUUUUCUUUUAGAAUGUCAAUUUGGAUGAGAUUUCUUUUUAUGAGAAUUUUUUUUCUCAUAAUUAUAACAAACGAUUGGAAUUUUUUUGUUUGUGCUUGAAAAUCAUGGAAACAAUGCUAAUAACAAAAUUAUUCAAAACCAGUUUCUGCGAAGAUUCUUUCUGUAUGCUCUUUGGUUUUACACUUACUCAUUUCGGCAUAUUAGCCGUAAUAAGAUCUUAAAAAGAUCUCUGCUGUGUUUUUCAGACGGCUUAAACAAUUUUUUAAUGGAAUUUUGUUGUGUGUUUGUCUGAAUAAGUGUUAGUGUAGUGUUGGUGUAUUUUUUUCAUUUGGUUAAUUCUUCAUAUUUUAAUUUUCACUUCACUUCUUUGUAUAAGGAUUAAACUUGUCUUAGUUUAUCAAAAGUUUAAUUUUUAGCUUCGAUGUACAAUUAUAUCAACCAUUGUAAAAUUCUAUAAAAUGUCUGUCUAUAUUUUAAAAUAGCCAAACGAAAGUUUGAGAACAUCUAUAUUUGAAAAUGUGGUACAUUAAAUGUUUCUCAAAUUCUUGUUUAUAAUGUGCUUUUACUAAAAUGAACUUUUUGUAUGGUUGUUUGCUCUUAAAUACUUCUUUUGACACUUUACUUUUGAGUGUAUUAUUCAUAUCAUGUGAUAAUUUUAUCUUUGUUAUAUUGUUUAUUCUUUAUUAAAUUUCGCAACGUGAACUAUCUUUUUGAAUUCUCAAUUUCAUUUGCCAACUGUGUGUUAAAUAAGUCAUGUGAAAAUAACACAAUUCUUUUUUCGUAGUAAUUUUGACUUGAAUUCCUUUCUUCAAAACUAAAAACGUAUGAAUUCAUUAUACUGUUGAGACACUUACGAUAUGUUGGUGGUGCUUUAAAUAAUUUCGCAUGAUUAUUGCUAGUCAAAAGGUUUUUUUGAAAGGAAUAUUCUUGUUUAAAUUAUGUUGCAUGGAACUGGAGAAUUAUAUUUUAUGUAUGAUUGAAUCUGAAUUUUGUGACAUAGUUUUAUAGCAAUAUUUUAAGCAACAUUCUAUCGAUUUAUUAAGGUCUGUGGAGUAUUGUAAACUUAUGUAUAUGCAUUAAAGUACGAAUUUGUUUACUGCUCAAUUUGUAAGUGAAUGAAAUAUGAUUGAAUACUGCCAAUCAUAUUUUGUAAGUAUUAAAUGGUUUCAAUAUUGUACAAAACGAAUGUAGUUUUUUUUUUUUUUAUGUUUAAAGAAUGCUGUGAAUCAUAGUUAAUAUUACUACGUUUGUUUCACUAAGAAAUUUGAAUGUCAUCAAAUGUUUGUCGAAAAUAGUUUUUGACAAUUCUGUACCUUGGAAUUAAAUGAAUUAAGUCCAAAAUUGACAAUUUUCAGUUAAUACAUUUAUGUAUUUUAUAUCAAACUGCAAGACAUGUUUCUUAAAAAUUCUCCUUUUAUAAUUUACUAGGAUAAGAAGCAUAAACCUAAUAGCCAAAGAUAACUUUCUUUUUUCUUGUUCUUCUGAAAGGUGCAUCUUUUCAGGACAGAAUGGAAACUGAAUUCGUCUAAUUCUCAGGUGCAGAAUUUCCUAUAAAUUUUCAUGUCUUUGAGUAAAUGGAGAACUAUAUGGUAGUUUGUUUCAUUUCAUAUUUAAUUAGUGGAUUGUUUUAUGUAAUUCGGAAAUAUUUACUACUUGUAUAGCAAGAGUCUAUUAGUUAAAUCUAUGAAAUCUUAUUUGCUGUGAAUUGAAGCAGCAUUGUUCUAAUUGUUGCCUUAAUUCGUAAUAAGUUUUGGACUGAUUUUUUUCGCCUUAUUAGCUCCUAUAUGGGCAAUAGUGCAUGCAGUAUUGUAGAAUUUUCCAUUUAAUUUUUUAAAUAUUGGAAAUUUCCCCCUUUUUUUAAAAUUUGAAAUUUUUAGUCUUAAUUAAUACCACCAAGAAGAUUAAAAAGAAGUUUUGGGAAUCUUCUCUGGCGUUUAGUAAAUCCGAGCUUUGGGACCAUUCACUAAUGCGCUUUGCAAUUAUACUUUAGAAUUGCGAGUGCUCUAAAUAUCUUAUCCCAGUGAUUUUUUCCUUUCGUUUUUAUUGUAAUAAAUGGCUCCUAAGUAACUUUUUAAAAUUUCUUAUUCACCAAUUUUGGUUGUCACAAAUUUUAGUUGAAAGUUACUAGUUUUGCUGAUCUGAUUUAAAUGUUGGUUCGCUAAUUUGUUUUGCAUUGUGUUAUUCUGUUUAUAAUAAUUUGAACUAUUUCAUAACCUUUUAAUAUUUUUUAAAUGUAAAAUUACUUAUUUUUAAUGCAGCUUUCAAAUGUGCGGUGGGUUUUAAUUUGUACAUAGUUUUAGUUUAUUAAAACUUAAUUGUGAUGUAUUAUUUUUCAUGAAUCUCAUUUUGAAUAGAAAUGUACAAUUAAAGUAUGUGAUGUUUUGAAAAAUUCAUUAAAAUUGAUCCUUUUGAUUGUUUUCGGAUUAAAAAUGUAUUCUUUUGAAAUUGUGUCUGCCCUUUAUUAUACCUCGUUUUUAUAUAAAACCUCGUUUAAACAUUUGUUGUGAAAACAAUAGAUUAUUGUACUAUAGUAAAUUUUGAUUUUUUUUUUCCCACAGAGGAUAUUUAUUACUUGACUUUUUAAGCCAAUAUGCAGGAUGCCUUUUCUUGUUUUCUAAGUAUGAUUAUUGGCUAUUUCAAACGUUAUUUGUAAGAAUUCAAAUACGAAAAUAAUCUUAUAAAAUAACUGAAUGUGUAAUGAAAUCUUUAAUUGAGUUUUACUAAAAUAUUGAUUUAAAAAUUUCCUU